AAUACGCUAUUUAUCUUUUUUCCUUUCAGUGUUUUUAAUAACAAAAAAAUACAUUUAACGAAAUCAUUCACAAUUACAUUAAACAUCCCCUAUUGAAGUGAAAAUUCAAGGCAUUGUUGUUAUCCGAAAAAAAAAAAAAACAAAAGAAAAAUUUUAAAGAAGAAGUGAAAUAAGUUUUUUAUAAAAUAGUUAUUUUUUAAAUUAAACUAGCCAAAUAAAUUGAAAUUGAUCAUCCGAUUUUAAUACAACAAAAAAUAGUGAACAAAUUCUAAUUCUAAUAGAAAAAUCAAACAAGCAACAAAUUUUUAACAAAGAAAAAAUUAAAUUGUGAAAAUGUUUUAAAAUUUCUCGUGACUCGAAACAACUUAGGAAAAGCACUAUCUUUAUGGAUCUUAAUCUUGUGGGCAUUUAAGCUCCAACAUUUCAACCGAACAACAAAAUAACAAGGAUUAUACAUUUAUAAUUCGCUUCUGAGGACCUUUCAAUUUUUCUCAUGGGAAGCUGAUAAAUUGAUGCCGGGUAACAAAAAAACAAAAAGUAAUUAUAACUGUACGAACGAAAUAGAGUUAAGAAAAGCCAAGGAAGAAACGCAAAGAAAAAGAAUAAGUGUGGAAAUAGUGCUUUCUCUAAUCUUCCUCUUUUGGUAUACGUUCGCUGUCAGUUUGUUUGUAAGAGUGGAGAAAAAACUGCAGACACUAAUCAUGUAAAACAUUAAUAAAACAUGGCUAAUGUGCAACAAGGGCAACUGCAACAACAACUACAAUUUCAACAGCAACAAUAUCAUCAUCGUCGUCAACAGCAUCAACACUACCAGCAUCCGAGGCAACAAGAAAAUCAGCGAAACUAUCAUUGCCAACAGCUCCAACAACACCUACUAAAAACUGAAUAAUCUUCGUGAUUAGGACGUGUUGUACCCAAAAACGUUGUAAUGCAGACGAUAUGGGCACAACAUGGCCUCAGCACAGCUACUAUAUAAUAACAAUACAACAAAAACAACAGCAACAGCAACAACAAAAGUCAUUAGAAAACCUAACCAUCAAUCUAUUGAAAAUCACAUACAAGCAAGUCAACUAUCAAUAUUUGCUGAAACGGAAGUUGAAGGUACAACAGGAUAUAUUAGCAAGCACACCAAUAACAAUAACAACAACAACAGCUGUGACAGGAACAGGAAACAACAUUCGAACAAAGAUAACAAAGAACCACAUUCGGAACAGUUGUGGUGUUGGUGGUUCGAAAACACAUUGGAGCUGGAGGCAAGAGGAAGUGCGACAGUCACAUCAAAACAGGAAGAGCAGGCAUUGCCCAACUACCUCCUGCAGCCAGCAACAACUACAACAACAACAGCGACAAUUGAUAAAACAACAUUUGUGUUCAUUACUCCAGAAAACGAUACAAAACGACCGACACGAUGUCAGGAUACAAUAUGGGAAACAGGAAGAAAAACCAGCCCACGAUUCGAGCAGAAGCUGCAGCAGCUAUCAAAGCAACAGCAGCGUUCAAUGGUUCCAGAUGAUGUUGCUGCUGGUGCAGCUGGUCCAGAGCAGUUUGAUACUGAAAUUGAAAAAUUUCGACUUGGUUGUGCUUCUCUUCGAUCUGUGGCCAACUACAGCAAUUCGAAAAACAGGACAAUACAACAACAACAACAAACGCAUCUAUUACUACAGCCACAAAGAAACAAUUACAAUUCUACAGCUAAUAUUUAUAGUGAACCGUCGUUAUUCGAUAAUGAUUACAAAGGAAUUGAGGAAUAUAAAAUCCACACAACAGAAACAACAACAACAACAGCCACAACAAACGACAACAGCAACAGCAACACUAAAAUGCCUCUUCUUAGCAACCUGGCUUUCCACCAAAGCGAAAGUAGUUUCCAAACAAAUUUUCCACAACAUCAGCAAAAACAGCCAUGUAGUAGAAAUGCUGAACUUAUCACCGAUAUCAACAACACAAAUCAACAACAACAACAACAAAGCUGCCAAAAAUCCAAAUAUGUUGUCCAACAAUGUUGCCACCACGACAGCAACAAUAAAUUCUACACAUGUGGCCAGCAACAUGAAUAUCUUGUCAAUGACAAUGUUGCUGGUGCAGCUACUGCUGCUGUUUCCAAUUCUUCGUUACACUUUUAUGACAAAACUAAAAAACAACAACAACAGCAACAGCAACAAGAAGAACAACAACGAAAAUUCUUCCGCAUUUCUUCUUUCAAAUCUGUUGAUGGCAAAGGCUUCACAACAUCAGGGCAUUCCACUUGGCCGGCAACUUCAAACGUCUUCUCUCCAACAUCUUCCGUGGUCCGUGUUGCAAUGGAUCUGCAGCGCAUGGCCAAGUGUCUGCUAUCGCUUUUGGUCCUUUUUAAUAUGCUGCCAUUGUUUUAUGCAGAAUGCGACCAGACGUUCGUCUCACGCAUUGGCGGCCCCCAGAAUGGUACCUUCACAGCUCCACUGUUGCACAACCAGCAGAAUCAUUCGCGUCAAUGUCUCUACACUUUCCUAGCAGGACCCGGACAACGAGUUGAAGUAGUUUUUAAAUCAUUUAAUCUAAGAGGAAAUCCACCAGACGGUUCGGCCGUUGGUGAAUUACCAUCAUGUGUUCAUGAGUAUAUGGAUAUAUACUCAGAAGUGCAAUCAUCGGAACCAGCAGAACUGAUAAACUCACCAUUUGGUGGCCGUUAUUGUGGUACAAUACCACCCCGACAACGCAUUUCCAUGUAUCGUGCCAUAGCUAUUUCAUUUUUUACCAAUAAAAAUCUAACCACACCGGAUCUAUUCGAGGGCACUUUUAGAUUUAUAAAUGCAUCGGAAUAUGAGAUUGGUAUACCAAUUGCUGGUUCGCCAUGUUCCUAUACGAUAACGCCCAGUUUGAGUAUAAACAAGACGGGCGUUCUAAUAUCGCCCACAUACCCGGGUGCCUAUCCCAAGGAUAUGUCCUGUACAUAUCAGUUUUUGGGUGAAUCUAAUCAGAGAGUUCGUUUAGAGUUUCGUGAUUUUGAUCUAUUUUUUGGUGGACCACACUGCCCAUUCGAUUAUGUUAAAGUUUACGAUGGUCCCGACAAUUCAUCAGCAUUAAUUGGUACAUAUUGCGGACAGCAAAGAAAUCUAGUUUUAUAUUCCAGCGAAUCGAGUCUCUUUGUUCAUUUUUUUACAUUAUCGCGCACCGCAAAUACCCAAAAUCGUGGUUUUAAAGGAAUUUAUGAAUUUAGUGAAAGUUUUGUUAAAUUAGAUUUUAUACGAGAAAAUGAUGGCAUUCACAUACGUGGCUCCGAAUGUGAUCAAAAGAUUUUAUCAAAAAAGGAAUCCACAGGUUUUGUCUUAUCGCCCAAUUAUCCUUAUCCCUAUAUACCAAAGACAGUGUGUAGAUAUUUCAUUUAUGGUAUGCAAGAUGCCCAACAUUUGGAACGGGUGCGUUUGGAAUUUUUGGCAUUUAACAUACCAAAAGUGGAGCACAAGGAUAAGAGCGAAUCAAACUGUACCGAUGGCUAUCUGAAGGUCUAUCUGAAGGGACAAGAAACUGCCGAUGCUUACGACAAAUUCGAUUACGAAUUGUGUGGCAAUGAAACUCAACGUGUUGUUAGUGAUGGGCCCCGUCUGGCCAUGGUCUUUAGUUCGGGUGAACUGCAGGGUAGGGGUUUCAAGGGUAAAUACACCUUUGAAACCGAGUACAAAAUACCCGGCACGGCGGCACCCGACGGCACCUGUAGCUUUACCUAUGUCAGUUCAUCGAAGAAACGCGGCGAAUUGAACAGCCCCCGCUAUCCAUCGAAUUAUCCCUCGGAUACGAAUUGCUCGUAUCUGUUCUUGGCCGAGGCCAAUGAACAGGUUACAAUUGUAUUCGAUCAUUUCAAAAUCAAGGCCGAUGGAAAUGCAAAUGUUACCGCCGGGGCAUAUGGCUCUGUUAAUUGCUUUGAAGAUUGGUUGGAAAUGUAUGUCGUCUAUCGGGAUAAUAAUGAUCGUUUUCUUGGUCGCUAUUGUGGUAUGACAGCACCCGGCCCCGUCGAGAGCCCAAGGGGUGCGGUGGGCUUGCGUAUUACAUUGCAUACCGAUCAAGAGAAUGUGGCCAGUGGUUUUAAGGCUCGUUAUUUUUUUGAAACUGCUAAAAGUGAGAUAGGCGACUGUGGAGGCAACUUUUCCAGUGAAGAUUCAGGCAUUAUAACAUCACCGAACUAUCCUGCCGGUUAUAAGGCCCCGGGACGUGGCAUGGCCUCAAUGGCCUGUAAUUGGUUGAUGACAGCCAAACAGGGCUACAAGCUUUCAAUUCAUUUUGAACAUUUCUCAUUGGAGGGUGAUCCAGCAAAUCGUGGUUGCCCUGCUGCUGUUUUGCGUCUUUGGGUAAAUGUGGACUCUGAUCAGCCGCCAUUGGAAUUGUGUGGGGAAAAGCCACCCAUGGAACAAUGGCAUUAUAUUUCUACGGGACAAACGGCUCGUAUUAGUUUUACCACCAGUGACAAAACUGUUGGUGCACCGGGCUUCCGCAUUGUAUGGACUGAAAUACAAGAUUCUGGACCAGGACCACCGGCCAUUGGUUUCCUCUGCGAGUCCACGUACCAUUUCCAGUGUGAAGUGGGCUACUGUAUAUCGGAUAAAUUGCGUUGUGAUGGUGUCAAGAACUGUGGUCCCAACGAUAAUAGUGACGAAAUGCACUGUACCACAAAAGCACAGGCGGAGGAUCACGGCGUUCUAAUUAUAACAACACUUCUCGUCGUCUCGUUCCUAAUUUGUCUCCUAUGCAUACUCUAUCACUCCAGAAGAAAACGUAGACAGCAGCUUCAUCAAUUGGGUCUGCAUCGUAAUGCUCACUAUGAUUCGCAAACAAGUGCCACGGGUCUCAACUCCAGUCGUCGUCAUCUGCAGAGCGGUGGUGCAAGUAUUGCGGGUAGUUUACAUGGUCUAAAUAGUGGCACUCUCAUCAUACCACCAGCACCACUGCCACCACGUGCCAUACAUCAACCACCACAUAUUUGCAUAUCGGGUUCUAGUCUCGAUUUGGGACCCGGCAACUAUCCCGGCAUACUCAUCAAUGGCGACUCACUGGAAGAUUCAUCAUCGACCUCAAACGAUUCCAUUGGCAGUAUACCAUUUCUAAACGAUUGUGAAACGGAAAAUCUGGGACAACAUAUGAUGCAGGCCCAUGUUGGAGGUGCUGUUGUAAUAGGUGGUGGAGAAACCGUUUAACAUUUACAAAAAACUCUAACAAAAUUAUUUUAUUUAAGAAAAUUUCAAAACAACCGGAAAUCAUUUGUUUAAUUGUAUUUAAUUUUUAAUCUCUUUUAAUAUUUAAGGGAAACUUGUUUUAAAUUAAAUUACAAUAUGAUUAUUGUUUUAGAUAUAUUUAGAUAUUUUUAGUGACAAUUUUUAAUUUUUUUUUUUUCCUUAUUUUAAUACAAUCAGGAGAUGUACGAAUACUGAGCAAGCAAAAAAAUUGAUAAUUAUAUUCAAAAAGAAAGUAAUACAAUUCAAAAGUUAACAAUACCCAAAAGACAAAUGCAAAACAAAUAAACAAACAAAAAAUAAAAACAAUUUAAAAUUAAGAAACUAAUAAAAAAAUAAAAACAAAAGGAUUCUAUAUAUUAAAAAUAUAAACGAAUUGAAUGAACAAAAACCAAAUAAAAUGAUAUAAGAAAAAUUUUUAACAAAACAAAAUGAAUCAAUUUUCAAGAAAAAGAUAUUAAAAAUUAUAAAAAAAAAACAAAAUUAAUUAUAUAGUAGAAUAUGUUUGAAUGAAAUUGACUACAGCAAGAGCAAACAAAACUACAAACUGAAUCACUCAAUUUCAAAACUAUAAUUCAACAAUAUAAAACAAAUUCAAAUACGUAUAACAACACUGAAUGCAAAAAUAAAAAAUAAAGAAAACUAAAAAAAGAAAUACCAAAACUAAAUUUCACAACUGACUUUUGCCAUAUAACAAAAAAUGGUAAAACUAAAAUUAAAUAAAACAGUUUAAAUGAAUUAUAUAAAACAUAAAUAUUGUUGAUUUUUAUAUUUGAUACAAAUAAUAUUCUUAUAUAUUAUUAGGAAACAAACUGAAAACAAUUAACAAGAAAUCAUUAUGAGAACAAACAAACAUAAACUUUUUGCAAGUCAUAAGAUGAGAUAAUUACAUAUGUAACGUUUUUAAUUCAAUACGAAAAGAACAACCACAACAACAAUUCAAUAGCAAUAAUAAUUAAUAGUUAAUAGCGAAAACAAUAUAUAAACAUACACCUACAUAAAUCCAAAAAAAUACACUUAACCAGUUUGAAUAUUUUUACAUUCCCAUACCAUAACAGCAAACGUUCCGAAUCAUAUACAUUGAAUAUACAAAUAUUUGGGAGGAAUUCAUAAUCUACAUUUCUAAUCGGUUGGUGAUCUUUAAAAUAUUUCUUGCAAUGUUUCCUCGUAUUACAAUAACCAUGUUGAAAACAAAUUAUGCAUCCAUACUUUGUAUUGCAUGUUUGGUUUUGUCUCAAGUGACAAGAAUUGAAACAAGUUGCAUAACUGCUUGUGAUUUGAAAUGCUUUGAAAUUAAAACAAAGUUCUUGGACAAGAUACUGUAUAUUUUCAUCUUCAGAGCAAUAAUAUAUAUGUUUUCAAAACUCGAUAAACCACAAUGUCAAAAGGUAUUGUUAUGUGGGGAAUGAUAUGCCCAUGUCAUUAAAUUGACAUCGAAUUUUUGGAAGAUAAAAAUAUGUUUUAAAAGGAAUAAAAUAAUAUACAUGCUCCUAAUCUUAUGUUUAAAAAUGAUACGAAUAGACAUGGAAAAAAAUCCGCAGUUAGUAUGGUCCUUUUUUGGAUAAAUAUUUCAGUUAAGGUUAAAGAAUUCUACAUUUGCUAGAAAAUAUGUAAUAGAAUUGAUGUGUUUUCUAUCUUUUCGCCUUUUUGUCCAGUCUUGAAUACAAAAUAUUCAUCCAUGGCCGCACUUAGGGCUAGCUAAGCUAAUUUCGAGAGCUUUCAGAUUUACGAUCAAAAAUAUUACUCCGAUUUCUAUGGUUUCCAAUUUGAAGUUUGACAUGACAUUAGUUUGAAUUAUCAAAGGGCGGGAGAAUCCUUCUAGCGAUUUUUCAGUAUUAGAAUUGGGCUUCAGCACGGCUUGUACUCGACCGUUUUUGAUUCUUCUUUAUAGUAUAGUCGCUUUCCCAAGGCAUGAUCUUGGUUACAGUGUUCUGUUGUAAAACCUCUUAUAAUACACAUUUCCAGCGUGUUUCUACACUUCAAACACACCAUGGAUUUAUAUAAUAGAAGAAGCUUCUGUCUCUCUGUUUAUAUAUAUUCACAGGAUCAUCAAGCUCAACUAUUCCGGUGACUAGUAAAUAUAUGACCGUUCUCGGAAAUAUUUUGAAUGUUCAAGAUAUCAUAACAGUUUUAAUUAAAUUUUUUGCACUUUUGCAUUUCAAAACUUUUCAAACUUGAAUUCCUGAAUCGUUCCUGAAUUCCUUUUACCCCAAAAACAAUACACGCAAUAAAAUCAAUACAUACAUAUAAAUAAACCACAAACAAUUAUACAUGAUUAUAAUGCGCUCAAAUAUUGGUAUAAUUUUAACGAAUUCCACCAAAAAUUGUAUCAAAAAAAAAAUAAUAAAACAAUAAAAUCGAAUUAUAUUAAUGAAAAUAAAUUAGUGACUAUCAAAAUUGCAUCUUCCAAAAAACAACAACAAAAUAUUAAAUAAAAUUGAAAUAAUUUUACAAAUCAAAUAGAAUAAAAAUCUUACAAACUGAUUAUCACAAAAAAAGUUGCAACUAAAAGCUAAACAUUUUAGUUCUUAAACAAAAAAAAAUAUAAAAAUCAAUUUCAAAUUUUAAAAAUUUUUAUAAUAUUUUACCAAGUCCACAAGAAAAUGUGUUUAAAUUAAAUCUGAUUUAUAAGAAUCUCAAAGAAAACAUUGCAAUGGGACAAAAAGAGAUAACUAUAAUCUCUAUUUCUCGGGAGAAGUUUUGUGGUACAAAAUCUUUCAGUGGCGAUCGUAAGAUAUUGUGAUCGCCACUGAAAGAUUUUGUACCACAAAACUUCUCUUAAGAAAUGGAGAUUAUAGUUAUAUAUUUUUGUUUUUUUUUUUUUUUUUUUUUUGCCGUGAUUAUUCAUCUACUAUUUGACUGAGGCUUUUAAGCACUUUACGUUAAAUUCCAGUUCCAAAAUCUGUACUUGCGGUUAUUCUCAAAGUUAUUUGUGAUCACAAUGAUUUUAUAUUUUCUUGUGCAUCUAGAUCAAUCUAGAAAAAUACUCGUGUUUAAAUUCGACCGGCCUAGGCUCCAAAAUAAUGAAAAUGGUGCUUUUUUUUGUUAGUCAUCGAAAACUGUAAAGCAAAUAUCAGUAUAACUGAUCCAUUUCCAUUCCCACGGCCUUAGUUAUAUGCCCAACUUUUCAAAAUGCGAAGAAUAGAAGAUUGAGAAAUGCGCCGACUGCAAUCACAAAGUUUUAUGGAUGAACUGUAACAUCAAGUAGCACUAACAAGUAUUCUCACUAUGGUGAAAUUCCGAUUUGUUGCUUCGACAAACCAGAGAAGUUAUUACACAAUUUAGAUUAGGGGGAUGCAACAAUCCAAAUUUGUAUUGUUCUCUAUUUGAUAACACAAUGCAGAACACCUGCCCAGAAUGUGGCACUAACAUGCGAAUUAAGACGUCAGCGUUUUGUGAAAAUAUCUAUGCUAAAGUGAACCUAGUUUUUUUCUUACAACUAAGGUUAUCCGACUAAAACAAACCAGACCACUGAAAAACUCACUCGAAACGGAAGCAUUCCCGGGAGAAAAAAAAACAAAACGAGCAAACUUUAUUUUUCGGUUUUGCUCAAAUAAGGGAGAGCAGGCUUUGCUCGUUUUAGAGUGGAAAUCAAAUUGGUUUUUUCUCAAACCUUGCUUGCAUUGUCGGUAAUUUGUACCAACAAAGCAUAUGAUAACUUUUGGCAUACUUUUUCGAGCACUGACUCAGGAGCGCUUCCACCCGUAUAAAAAUCCCUCUCCAAGUUUCAAUACCGAGUGAAAACAGAUGCACAAAAUGCAAAACAUGUUUCUGAAGUCUCUAUACCGUAGCAGACAAAAAGACGGGAGAUCGAAAUUAAACAGAAUUCUUAUGGAUUUGUUUUAACUCAUUCCCAAUAAACUACAAAAGAAUAAUUAAAAUCCAUUAAUUACGUAAAAAAAGUUAAAAUGAAUACGUUAAAAAUAAUAAUAAAUGUUGGUAGUGCUAAAACAUAAAAACAAUUAUAAAAAAAUAAAAAUCCAAUUAAAUUAAAACAAUAAAGAAACAACUGAUGAACACAUUUUAAACACUUUUUAUAAUUAUUUUUUUUUUACAUUUUUUAAAAAAAGGAGAAAUUUUAAUUUUUAAUCGGACACCCCGAAAAACAAAAAAAAAGUUAUUGGUUUCAUAGAGCACUUACGUUUUGCAAUAAAAUAAAAUUGAAAUAAAUAUAAACAAGUACAUGUUAAGAAAGGUCAACUAAAACAGUAAUAAAAAAGAAAAACAAAAAAGUUAAUAAAAUUGUUGUUAAAUUAAAUAUAAAUUAAAAUGAAAUGAAAACUAAACUUCAAAAAUAUUAAGCUAAGUACUAAGCCAAUAAAAUCAACAAAAUAAAUAUUAAAACAAAUUUCUGUUGAAUUAAAAUAGAAACAAAUGAUUUUUUUAGGUUUUCAUUUAAGCAGAAAAAUAACACGGAAAUGGCUUCCUUUUGAAGCUGUUAUUUAAAUAAAUUUAAAAAAAAAACUGAAAUAAACAUUGUUAGAAAAAUUUAAAUAAAAAACACAAAAUAUAAUUAAGUGAAUUAAAAAAUAAUGUAAAACAAGGAAUCUUCUUAAAUUUAAAAUACAAUACAAAUGGACGAAAUAAAAAAUACAUAUUUAAACUAAAGCAGAAGUAAUUGCAAAAUUAACAAUAAACCAAUUUCUCAAAAACAAACAAUAUUAAUUCAACAACAAUGGAAGUAAACUAUUAAAUUAUACAUAAAGAACUACAAAAACAAGCCCUAAUAUUACAAAAGCAAACCCUGAUGAAAAAUCCCGAAAACUAAUGAAAAUAAACAACUAAAUCAUGUUAACAUUACAGAUAAAUAAAAGAAGUAUUUAACGAAACGAAUUAAAAAUGAUCAUUGAAUAAUUAAAACUAAAUUUGAAAAAAAAAAACAACAUAUAAACAAACAAAACAGGAAAUCACACAACAAUUACAUAAAUGUUUAGAAGAGAAAAAAAGGAAACUGUUUUUAUUUCAAAUGAAAAACAAAAACUAAACAACAAAAACUGUUUGUCAACAUUAUGUUAUUUAUAUAUUAUAUAAUAAAAAACAAAUUAAAUCCCAAAGAACCCCUUUCACAUAACAAAUACACGAUAAACACACACACACACACACACAACUUCAAAACAUGUAUGUAUGUGUACGUUAUUAUAUAUCGUUUUUAAAAAGAAGAAAACCCAAACAAAACCAUACAACAAUGUUAAAAAUGAAAUCAAUCUAGCAAAGAUUAUUGAUUGAUUUAUCAGUUAUUAUAAUUAUUAUGAUUAUUGUAUACAAACAUAUAUAUUUUAUUUGAUUACAUUACAUUUAUAUAAACGAUAUUUUUGUUAUAAUUAUUAUUAUUAUUAUUAUUAUUAUAUAUAUGUAUAUUUGUAUUAUUGAGAUUUUAUUUGAAACAAGUGCUUGCCAAAAACAAAUAUUCAAACAAAUUGAAGUAUUGAGAUGAAAAGUAAUGAAACAACAACAAAUUAGCAAGUAUUUUGAAAACCAUUAAUUUUAAAUAAAUGAAGAAAAAACUAAAUGAAAAACUGAAAUAUUUAAUUGAAAA